AUGGCCUUUCUCACAGGUGUCGGCGUGCUGUCAGUCAUUCUUGGACAAGCUCUGGCUGAGCCUGGUGUAAUCAGCCCUCUUGCGCGAGCAUGCCCUGGCUAUUCUAACAACUCUGACGUGGUAUGCAUCAACCACUAUGCGUCAGCCAUGCCACCAACCUUCGAUCGUCCGCAUUCGAGCGGAGGAGUGUUCUUCCCGAACGAUACCUUUGUGGGAACCCAAAUCCCCUCUGACCCGUCAUGGCAACUUGUGAAGAAUGCAACUUUUGUUGUCUUUGAUGAACGAGGUAGCCAGAUUCUUGGACCAUCUCCUAAGUUGGAGCAUAUCUUCGCUAGCCGGAAUGACUCGAUUCACGAGGGCCCCGUAUAUGUUCCUUCUCUAGAUGCAAUCAUCUUCUCGUUGCCUCAUCAAGGCAUCUACGAGCAGCAAAUCAUCCAUCUCAACCACGGUUCGACCCCUCGGUUGGACAACUACACAACCACCCCUCCGGUAUAUGCAGUAAAUGGAGGCAAGCUUUUCAAUGGAAAGGUCUAUUGGGCUGUUGAAGCAGGCUUCUCCUUCCUUUCUCCUCAGAACGGAUCUCUAGUCGCUCAAAGACCUGGCAUCUACGAGCUCGAUCCUUCUACCGGCGAGGUCACCGUUCUGCUCAACAAUUACUUCGGUCAGGCAUUCAACAGCCCAAACGAUCUUUGGAUUGAUGCUCAGGGCGACAUUUGGUUCACCGAUUCCUGGUAUGGCUAUGCAAUCAACGUGACUGAAUAUCCUGUAUUGCGACCAGCGACCUACCGUUUCAGACCUUCCACUGGGCGUGUCUCGAUUGUUGAAGAUAGCAUCGCUCAGCCCAAUGGCAUCGGCAUGUCUCCAGAUGGUCGAACCAUGUACAUCAGCGACACCGGUGUCACUGACUUUGAGAACUAUCCGGCUAACGGCACUUUGCCUCGUUACACAUACAACCCUCUUGGAGGCAACUCACUCUACGCCUUCGAUGUGCUGCCUUCGCCAGCAGGAUCUUAUAUCACAAGCAAGCGACCUAUCUACUUGGCUCAGACUUUCGGAGAUGACGGCUUCCACGUUGCCCAGAACGGAUAUUUACUGGGGGCUGAAGGUGGUGGUGUCACUGUACUAAGCGCAUAUGGUGAGGUACUGUUGCGCAUUGAGGCUGGCUUCACGAUCAACAAUAUCCAGUUUGCUGGACCUGAAAGAAAGGACCUUUGGCUUUUCGGUGAAGGCCCAAUCAGUCGCGUGACUUGGGAUCUGGUCGGCAUGGCGAACGAGUGA